AUGCAAAAUCACCAGAAUCAAAUGAAUGUUGAUCAUCAAUUUUAUUUUAUAUCAGGACAAGAUCAAUCAAACAAUUUAGAGACGCAAAUAAAAAAAGAGGAUAUAGAUAUUUCAGAUCAAGCAUCAUAUCACCAACCUGGUUUGGAUAAAAAUAAUAAUAAUAAUAAUAAUAAUAAUAGUAAUAGUAAUAGUAAUAGUAAUAGUAAUAGUAAUAGUAAUAGUAAUAGUAAUAAUAAUAACAAUAAUAACAAUAAUAAUAAUAAUAAUAAUAGUAAUAAUAACAACAAUAAUAAUAGUAAUAAUAAUAGUAAUAAUAAUAAUAUUAAUAAUAGUAAUAAUAAUAAUAGUAAUAACAAUAAUCACCCAAUAAAUCAUAUGCAACAACACCAUAUUCAUCAACAUUUACAAAAUUAUCAUUUCCAAUCAAAUAAUAAUAGUAAUAAUAACAAUAAUAAUAAUAAUAAUAAUAAUAAUAAUAAUAAUAAUAGUAAUAAUAAUAAUAGCAAUAAUUAUAAUAACCACAAUAAUAACCAAGGGAAUGGUAAUCAACAAGAACCAACAUCAUCGCCACAAAUAAGUCACCAUAAUAACAAUAAUUUUAAUAAAAACGAUAAUUCAAUAACAAAUUUAACAAAUUCAGAUUCGAUUGAGGAGUCGACAUCAUCAUCAUCAAGUAAUUUAAUGGCAGGAAGUGGAAGUAGUGCAUCAAACCAAUCACCACGGGUUACAUCAUCAACCACUCCGCCUAAUAAUAAUAAUAAUAAUAAUAAUCAAUCAGCACCAAAUAAUAUAACAUAUGAAACACCAGAAAUAUUAUUAAAACCAGGAGAAAGACCACCAUUUAUUGGAUCAUUAGCAGAUAUUAUUAUUUCCAAUAUUUUGGGUAAAGCACAUAAAGAUGAACCAAAUUCACAAAAUUUUACAAACAUAUGUAGUGUAUGUAGUAAAUGGAGAAAGAUAUCAGUUGGAAGAUUAGUUAAUUAUACCUAUCAAUUACCACCAGAUCGUAGUAUUACCAAUUUAUUUCGUAAUCUUUCAAAUAAUGUAUAUCCAAAUUUAAUAAACCUUCAACUAAAGGUAUCAACACCUACCCUUUUCGAUGUAUCAAGUUUUGUUAGGAUGUUAUUAACCAAAAAUACCACAAUCACGACAUUGGAACUCUCACAAAAUGGUAUUGGAAAUAAAGCAGCACAUUGUAUUGGUGAAUGUUUGUUGGCAAAUAAAACCAUCACUCAUUUGAAUUUGAGUUUUAAUUCCAUUGGUAAUGAGGGUGCCGAAGAGAUCUCCAAAGCGAUAUUGGUAAAUACCACCCUAAUCAAUUUGGAUCUUUCACAAAAUUGUAUUGGUCUCAAAGGCUCAAAAGCAUUGGGUCAAGCACUUCAAUCCACUACGAUCCUACAAACCAUUAAUCUCUCUAAAAAUAGAUUCGGCGCCAAAGGUAUCGAUUUCAUCGUGGAAUCCAUUGGUAAGAAUAGUUCACUAACAGAGGUUGACUUUUCAAAGAAUGAUCUCAAUGAAAAGAGUUCGAAAUACGUUGGUGAAGCCAUUAGAAAACAUCCUUGUCUUGCUUCUGUAAAUUUAUGUGAUACUAAACUAUCACCCGAAAGUAUGAAAUAUAUCUCCGAAGGUAUUCAAGCCAGUCAAACGAUUGCCUAUCUCGAUAUGUCAAGAAACGAAUUCAAUUACAAAGGUUUAAAACCAUUGGCUGCCGCUUUAUCCAUGUGUCAAUCUAUAACCUAUCUCGAUUUGACCGGUGAUUCAAUCGGUGAUAAAGGUGCCGUUCAAUUGGGGGAUGCUCUAGCUCAAAAUCAUUCAAUCAUUAAUUUAUCAUUGGCUUUCAAUAAUAUUGGUGCAAGCGGUGCCACUUCACUUGGUAAUGCUUUGAAAACAAAUAGAUCUUUAGAGAUACUAGAUCUCUCAAUCAAUCCUGAAAUUGGUCACCUUGGUGCAAUUCAUAUAGCUGAGGGUUUAGCAAUGAAUAAGAAAAUCUCAAAACUUUCAAUGUGUACCAAUGGAUUGGGUCCAAUUGGUGCAAAACGUUUGGGUGAAGCAUUACGUCAAAAUUCAACAAUCACCGAUCUUCAAUUACGUGGAAAUGAAAUUGGUGAUGAAGGUUGUAGAGCUCUAAGUGAUUCAUUAAAACAAAAUCAAUCAAUCACUGAAUUAAACCUUUCUGGUAAUGGUAUCACAAAUGAUGGUGCUAAAGCCUUAUGUGAAGCUCUAUGGUACAAUCAAUCAUUGGCUUCAAUACAAUUAAACCAUAACAAUAUCAAUACUCAAGGUGUACAGUUCAUGAAAGAGUUAUUGCUUCGUAGUUAUUUGGUUAAUUUAGAUUCUUAUUUUUACCCUCCAACCUCAACAACUAUUGUAUCAGUCUUAUAUGUAACUAGAGGUCGUAAUCGUGGUUCUAAUAAUAGAAAUAAUAAUCUUAAUACAAAUCUUCGUAUUAUUGUAUAA